UAAAAUACGCUAACACAAAAGCCAUAAAUUGCUAAAAUAUUGCAUGAUAUAUAGAAAUAGAAUCAUCCUACUUUCUCCACCUUCAAGUACAUCUAAUCCACGAACGCAAAUUCUCCAUAAUCAGCUCAGCUCUCCUUUGUUAAAGAAAUCGAAAGCUAUGGCUUCCAAGCUUUGCUCUCUUCUAACAAUAUCUCUGUUCGUUCUGCUUCCUUUCUUCAUAUCUCCUUCUCUUGCAGAUGCUCCACCAUCUGAUCCUGUCUCACCAGGAACAAUUUGCAAGUCCACCCCUGACCCUUCUUAUUGCAGAUCUGUGCUUCCUAAUCAAACCACCAAUGUCUACAGCUAUGGUCGAUUCUCCGUUCGCAAAUCUCUGUCACAGUCCCAAAAAUUCCUCAAAUUAGUUGAGAAAUAUCUAAAACAAUACCGAUCCUCAUUAUCAACAACCGCAAUUCGUGCUUUAGAGGAUUGCCGCUUUCUAGCUGGCUUGAACAUGGAUUUCCUGUUGAGCACCUUUAAAACUGUCAAUGCCACUAGUAAAACUCUGUCCCCUGUCGAAGCUGAUGACAUACAAAGCUUUCUUAGUGCUAUUUUAACUAACCAGCAGACCUGUUUGGACAGCAUACAAUCCACUGCUUCAGCUUGGAGCAUAAGGAACGGCCUCUCGGUUCCUCUGUCAGAUGACUCAAAACUCUACAGUGUUUCUCUGGCUCUUUUUACAAAAGGCUGGGUUCCUAAGAAUAAGAGAAAGGCAGCAUGGCAGCCUAGGAGCAAGCAGCUAGGUUUCAAACAUGGACGUUUGCUUCUGAAAAUGUCUAGCCAAACUCGCUCAAUUUAUGAGACCGUAAGCAGAAGAAAGCUUCUUCAGACGAGUGAUCCUGAUGAGGUCUUGGUGAGUGACAUUGUGACGGUGAGUCAGGACGGAAGCGGAAAUUUCACUACCAUUAACGAUGCUAUCUCAGCAGCUCCAAACAACACCAAUGGUGUAAAUGGUUACUUCUUGAUUUACAUCACUGCUGGUGUUUAUCAAGAGUAUAUUUCCGUUGCUAAGAACAAAAAAUACUUGAUGAUGAUCGGUGACGGUAUCAAUCGGACAAUUAUCACGGGAAACCGUAGCUUUGUUGAUGGUUGGACAACAUUUAACUCCGCAACUUUUGCUGUAGUGGCUCCAAAUUUUGUUGCGGUAAACAUAACUUUCCAGAACACAGCUGGAGCAAUCAAGCACCAGGCAGUCGCAGUUCGAAAUGGGGCUGAUUUGUCAGCAUUCUAUAGCUGCAGCUUCGAAGGAUACCAAGAUACUUUGUAUGCUCAUUCCUUAAGGCAGUUCUAUAGAGAAUGUGAUAUCUAUGGAACUGUUGAUUUUAUAUUUGGAAACGCUGCGGUUGUUUUCCAGAACUGCAACAUAUUUCCUACACGGCCAAUGAGUGGACAAUUCAAUGCCAUCACUGCACAAGGCCGGACUGAUCCUAACCAGAACACGGGCAUAUCAAUUCAUGAAUGCAAUAUCAUGGCUGCUGAUGAUCUGGCCUCGAGCAAUACCACCUUCAGUACGUAUCUAGGGAGACCAUGGAAGGAGUAUUCGAGGACUGUAUAUAUGCAAAAUUUCAUAGGAAGUUUGAUUGAUCCUGCUGGUUGGAGAGCAUGGGAUGGAGACUUUGCCCUGAGUACAUUAUACUAUGCAGAGUAUGGCAAUAGUGGACCUGGAUCAAACACUUCCAGUAGGGUCACAUGGUCUGGUUACCAUGUGAUUAAUGCUACCGAUGCUGCUAAUUUCACUGUGUCCGGCUUCUUGCUGGGAGAAGACUGGUUACCAGUUACGGGAGUGCCUUACACUGCAAGCUUAAUAUGAGCAACUAAUUUGUCAGAUGAAAUUAUGCAUUCUUUCAAUUUUUUUGGUCAUUAUAUUUAUGAUGUAUAAUAAGCGUGAAAAUACCUGAGCUAUUCAAGUGUACGGCUUGGUAUUAAUUGGAAAUCAAAUGUUAAUUGAUACUAA